CGUCAUUUCCGCUUGAUGGUCUUGCAUGGCGACAUGUGUUUGCAGUACAAACACAUCUGCGAGCUGUUGUUCAGUGUUCAGAUUGUCUUGGCUCUGGAGACAGUAAGACUCUUGAAUCCCCCUAAGGAGCCUGUUCUGGAUUACACUCUGGAGGUUUUAUAUUCUUGUGAUGUACCCGCCAUCAUAGAACUGGACUGUACAGUGACUUUCGACAUUGGUGACAGUUCCAUGUUCCUGCUGAAGCGGUGGCAUUGCAUCCCAGAAAAACCCAGAAAAAAGAUUUUAAAGUUGAGCUUCCCAGAUUGGUUGGUUUACAGACCGGAUGGGAUUGUCUCGGAGUCUCGGUGGGUGUUGAUCUGCAUCCUGAGAGCAUCCCUCAGGAACCAGAAAGUCGACAGCGGAAGGUUGUUGCUCGCAAAACAACACGUUGCAACUUUACAGCCUCGGUCCAUCUACAGUCGGCCUGUCAAACAGCAUCGACUCUGUUUUGCUUGGAGUGCCAGAAUGCUGUCAUUUGUUCGAAACCUUCCAAGGAAACAAUGCCCCGUGGAGCAAGAAACAGUACCUUUGCUGUCUUCAAUAUUCGCCUCGACGGGAGAAAAUUUUGGUAUCAUCAAGAAUCUUGAGCCCUACAACAGCGAUGUUCUGGAGUACCUGCGCGGUCGAUCCCUCACUUUCCCUUGGUCCACGUUCUCCGUCUGGAUAUUGGUAACACGACACUGCCGGGAAAGUUUGUGCGGAGUAUUUCACCACAUUGACUCCCAGAACAACUUUGCCACACCUGUUCUUCUCCUUACUCAGUCAGGCCAACUGCAUGUCCAAUUGCAUGGAGAGCCAGGGGAAUCCACCGCUUUCCUGGUCCAGCACGAGGUGCCUUUAGAGGAAUGGUGUCGAAUCACCAUAAUGUUACAAGGCAGAGAGGUGACGAUCACCACAGUGUGCUUCGGCAAAGAGGGUAGAACUGUGAAAUCAACAGAGAAGAGGCUCAGUCACGACAUCAGACUGAAUGACACCGAUGGAUAUUUUGUCAUUGGAGGUGGGAGAUACAUGAAAGGUGUCGAAGGUUACUUUGGACCAUCGCUUUACUACAGGAAUAGAGUGUUGCCUCAAAGCCCUUCAGAAGUCUGUCUUCCCGCUGUCAUCCGAAAACUGGAUCUAACUGGAUGGAUGGACACCUGUCGAGAACUUUCUCUCCAUGUAAGCCAAAGCAUACGGUUCUACUCUCUCCUGGCCAAGCAAAACAAAGACUCAGCCAACAGUUUGGAUGAGUUUGACAUUGUGAAACGAAAAGAUAAAAUGAAGAAGUGUGAGUUGUGGGAAGGGGCGGUUCCGCGAUAUGUCACCAAAAUUGCAAAGCAUCUGACUUUCAAGCGUGGUGGAGGAAGUGUCAGCCCUCAAGCCGUGGGCCGUACACUGUAUCACCUGUCGCUUCACAAACUGCGUGGAGGGAGUGAAAUGCUAGUCUUGGGUCAGAUAUUACCUAUGCUCCUUAAAGCCGGCUGCUUGGGUAACACUGCAGCUCUGCAUAUUUCCUCAGUCCUCUACAGCAUAGGUCAGGGGGUGGAGAAAGACCACAGUAAGGCAUGGCUGCUGGCCCUGUUGGCGGCCCAGAAGGACCAUCGGCUAGCUCUACUGCAACUAGGCCACCUGCACCUUCAGGGACUCCACGGGGUCUUCCCGGAUGAGGAUGUUGCCUAUGCAUACUACGCCAACAUUGCCAAACAGACCACGCUGGACCGACAUAAGCCCUCAUCACAUCAGGUGUAUGUUGAAAACAUUUACCUGCAUGAUGAUGAGAUCCUCGAACUUCAGACCAAUGAACACCAUCACAUCUUCCAGUGGCUGGAGCAUCAGGCGCAUCAGGGUGUCCCCGAUGCUGAAGAAUCCCUGGCUCGCAUGCUUUUCUGGGGGCAGCAGGGAGUGUCACCCAACAUUGAGGCAGCGAUGAGGCACUAUGAGCGAGGGGCAGUCAACCUCCAAAACCCUGCUUCCAUGUAUGACUUUGCUAUCGUCCUUCUGCAGGGACAUGGGGUUGAAAAGGACAUUCCCAAAGGUGUCAAGUUCCUGCAAAAAGCAAUGGACAAGGGUUUUGUCCCUGCCCUGAGUGCCAUGGCCUGGUAUUACGAGCGCUUUGAGCAGGACUACAAAAAGGCAGUGGUGCUGUGGGAGCAGGCGGAUGUCCUCGGGAACGCUGACGCUGCUCUCAACCUCGGAGUUGUGUACUUGCUCGGGCUUUACCCAGGCAGAGACCCUGACCUGUACAUGGCCUUCCAGUACUUUCUAAAGGCUGCAAAGCAAGGACACAUCAGGGGUGCGGUGGAAGUCGCAGGCAUCUGGUCCACUGGGCUUUCCGGUCGUGUCAGUCGCAGUCCGUCGGAUGCUGUCUUAUGGGCAAAGUGGGCAGCUGAGCAAAAUGGAUACCUGGGCCGGCUGCUACGGCAAGCUCUGGAUGCCUUUCUGAAACGUGAUCUGUUCAGCUCACUGUUCUAUUACAUGAUGGCUGCUGAACUGGGUGUCGCGGUUGCCCAAUUUAAUGUGGCGUAUCUGUGUGAUCAAAACAAGGGGAAUUUCCUUGAGCCUAGUUUUGCACUAAACUGCAAGAGAAGAUAUUAUAACCUCACAGUCCACAAUCAGAAGCCCGACUCUUAUGCAAUGCUGAGGAUGGGUGACAUGUGGUACGGCGGACUUGUAGACGGCCACAAGAGAUUGGCAUCUGCUGCCGAGAUGUACAAACGGGCUGCGCUGAGGAAUGAUCCACAGGGAUGGUACAACCUGGGGUUGCUCGUCGAAGAGGGCUACAGGCUACAAAUGCCACUGCUCAUUGAGCUCGGCCUUGCUCAGUUCUACUCAGAACAUGACUUCGAGCUUCAAACUGCUUUGUACAAAAGGUGUCGAGAUUCUGAGAAUUUAGACUCCUACCUGCCCUGCAGCCUGGCUCUCGUCAAAGUGUAUCUACAAGUUUAUCAAAAGGAAUAUAGUGCUACGAUUAAGUACGUCACCACGAUUGUCGCAGCUGCGCCGGUUGUCCUACUGGUCCUCGGCCUCAUCGCUCGACGUGCCUUAACUCAAAGCUAAGACACCGGCAACAUUCUUAGCCAAUUUUGCACAUUGGUCAUCUUCAAAUAAUGAUGAUUGCCCAAACAAAUAUAUGUACAGUACUCUGAGCUUGAGUGUGUCUCCUGCUGUGUUUUCCCUCUGACUUUUAAAUCAGGUACCACAAAAAAAAAAAAAAAAAAAAAAAAAAAAAAAAAGCUACAAAGCUCAAGUAGGUAGAGAUCCAGCACAUGUUUUGUUUUCUCCUUGAGGUAACUGUUGUUGUGAUUUGGUCUAAACAAAUAAAAGUUGAUUUGAUUUUAUUUGACUUAGAACACAUCCAUAACUGAACAGUAUGGACAUGCAGGUGACAAUGUUUUUUUUUUAGGUAACCUAUUGUGGUUCCUCGGUUUAUUAUUAUCAUGUUAUUCUUUGUUCCGCAGCCCCUUUGAGCACAAUUUGACCCCCUUAGAAUGCUUCAAAAUGCACCUAAAUCGGCAGGCAUGUCAAGACAGGUGCAAUCUUUGAUACCGUGUAAAGACAAAUUCUAAAUACACUAUGUAGCGCCGCCUAGCAGUCAUUCCUUGUCCCGCCAACGCUUUGAGCCCUACUUUGACCCCCUCAGAAUGCUUCAAAACUCACCAAACUCAACAGCCAGGUGAACACUGGUGAAAACUUUGAUAAAAUCUAAAAAAAAAAAAAAAAAAAAAAAAAAUCAAAAUAUGCGUAAAUGUGUGUAGCGCCCUCUAGGAACAAAACCAACAUUUCAUUUUUAUUUAUUUAUUUAUUUAUUAUUUUUUUUAAAGGUGAAAGAGAAGGUAACAACGCAAAGGUUAAAACUUAGAACACAUCAGUACUAUAUGAAUGGGACACCAUACGCGGUGCCCAGACUGCCGUUAGUACUACAUCGUUUUCUUUGGGUGGGCAGAGCGUGUCCGUGGAUGGGCACUGCCCACCCCUGCCCCCCCGGUAACGCCCCUGCUUCAAACAUUAAAACACAAAAUCAGAGGUGGCAAAUCAUCUUUUUUGUGGACUACAUUGUACUUACUGUUUUCCUUCAGAGGGUGCCAACGAGGGCUGCCGUGAUUAAUUGACUUACCAAUAAAUAAUUCAUUUUCAAAUUAACAACGCUUUUAACUCACCAUUGGCUGCCACUGACGGCGCUCGACGUCUAAUCCUUUUGAGCGUUCAUUUGCUGCCACCCUGCCAGUUCAAAUUGAUUGGAAAUCUCCUAGUCAUGUGAAACUCAUUUAAAUUCACAGCAAAGGGAUGAAAAGAGCCACAUGACUGGACGUCUAUUGAUGUCAGUGUCAGCCAAUAAUUUAACCCGAGGGUGUUAUUUUAUUUUGACUACGUUCUUGUGACUUUGUCCAAAGUAUGGCUUUUCCUGUGUUAUAUGUUAUAAUGUUAUAACUAAGUCAUUUAUGAAUAUUUUUUUCACUUUCAACCACUCAAAAAUGUUCAUUUGCAUAAGACCUAUCUACACAUGUAUAGUUUUAAUUUUUUUAUUUUUAAUGCCCCCUAUGAACAUUAAUAGCAGUACUGU